AAAAUUUUUUUUAAGUGAUUUUUCGAAUUGUUGUGAAAUUUUUUACUUUUGUGAGAUAAAACGUCGAAAAUGUAUUUUUCAACAGCAAAUAUCUUAAGGUUUAUUUGCCUAAGUUGCAUCAUGACAACAAUAUUAGCAUUACCAAAACCAAAAUCACUAAGUAAUGCUGAAGUACUAUCAAAACUUGGCUUAAAACGAUUACGUGUCUCACCGAGUCAUCAUCGAAAACGUCUGGCUGUAGAAUCACGACAUCAUCAAAGCUCUGACGAUUCCCAUAUGUAUGUUGUAAAACUACCACCAAAUCCAUACUACUAUGUCAAUCAUAAUCCAAAUGCCGUUAGUGACACAGCUGAAUCUGGUAAAAAUGUUCCAGUCGGUUUUAAAUCCAAUGGUAAACCUGGUAAAAUCUACCACUGGAAUAUACCAGUGUUGAAGAAAAUUGUUACAUCACAAAGUAGUCGAUCACGAUUGGACGAUAGUUCAGUGCAUAAAUUGAAAAAAUUACCAAUGAAAGAUUAUGAAAAAUUCGCUAAUGAAGUUCAUGAUAAAAUUACAAAUGUAAAUCGUAAAUAUCAAAAAUCACCAACAUAUUAUGCACCAGAAAGCGCAACCAAAUCCAAGAAAGGUUCAUUCCGGAAAUAUUUCGCUGGUAAUGGUAAACCAAAAUCAUUUUAUGUGAUUGAAAAAAGUAAAAAACCACAUUAUCAUCGAUUAUUUCCAUGAAAAUUAAAUAUUUUUAAAAAAAAGUUUUAAUUUUUUUUUUUUUGAGUGAAUGAAACAGACAUUUUUUUGUAAUUAUAAGUAGAAAUUUAUGAGAAAAACCCACAAAAUCACAUAUCAUCAAAAACCACAA